AUGUUUGUUCAGGGUCCCGCGAUAAACAAGUGGUCUGACCGCGAUAAAGCGGCUGUACAUCUGGGGGCCUUAUUCCCCUGUCACUUCGACAUACCUUUGGGGAAUUCGUUCGCAAUGGCUUCCCGCUUCUUUCCUUCCCGCAAAACAGGCCUUGCCCUCGUUGCAGGUUGUCUAUUGUUCUCUGGUCUAGCAGCAGCUCAUGGUGGCCACGGACAUCUCUCCGUCGGCCAGAUCGAGGACCAAUUGCAGAGCUGCCCAGUGGUCGAGUCUCUCAAUGAACACAAGCGUGCCAACCAGCCCGAGACUGCUAGCUUAACAGCUAAGAUAUUCGCCAUUCUCUUCCCAAGCAGUCCCGCCGUGAACGCGCUACUGGCAACAUUGUACAUCUCCGGCCCUCCCAACUUCCUCUUGGCACUAUGCCCGCCCAACAUUGACCCCUCUUCGCUAUCGGUGAUGGUGGCCUUCGCCGUUGGCGGUUUGCUAGGUGACACCCUCUUCCACCUCCUCCCUGAGAUCUUCGUCGGUGAAGACUCACCCGACCAUGUGAGCUUCGUGAUGGUCGAGCCCAACAAGAACCUCCUCCUCGGCCUAGGUAUCAUGGUUGGCUUCUUCACCUUCGUAGCAAUGGACAAGAUCCUGCGCAUUGCAACCGGCGGCGAAGGCGGCCACGAUCACUCCCACCACGCGCACGCCGAGUCCAUCGCUGCAGUCGCAUCUGGGGCCGAGACCAGCAAGUCUGGCGAGCUCAAGCAGCGCAAGCCUACCAAGGAAGCUUCCACUCCGGUAGCUGUCCCAGAGAAGGAGAUUAACCCCAGUGCUAAGCUUGGUGGUUACUUGAAUCUUAUUGCGGACUUCACGCAUAACAUCACUGAUGGUCUGGCACUGUCUUCUUCCUUCUAUGCUUCCCCUACUAUCGGCGCCACGACCACCGUGGCUGUUUUCUUCCAUGAGAUCCCCCACGAGGUCGGCGACUUCGCUCUGCUCAUUCAGUCUGGCUUUUCAAAGCGCAAGGCCAUGGGUGCCCAGUUUGUCACUGCCAUUGGUGCAUUCUUGGGAACCAUCAUUGGCAUCGCAGUCCAAGAGCUUGGUGGUAAUGGUACAAUGUUGGAUGACAUCGAGCCCGUUGGACUGUGGGGAACCAGUCUUACUUGGGGUGACAUGCUUCUCCCAUUCACAGCAGGUACCUUCUUGUAUGUUGGAACUGUGGCUGUGAUUCCCGAACUACUGGAGACUGGCAAGGACAAGGGCCUAGAGAUCCGUAAGACAAUCGUCCAAUUCUUGGCUGUUGCUCUUGGUGCUGGAAUUAUGCUUGCAAUCUCUUGGCACUAG